AUGCUUAUCCCUAAGGAAGACAGAAAGAAGAUCCACCAAUACCUCUUCCAAGAGGGUGUUGUUGUCGCCAAGAAGGACUUUGAAUUGCCUCAACACGAGGAAAUUGAUACCAAGAACUUGUAUGUCAUCAAGGCCUUGCAAUCCUUGACCUCCAAGGGUUACGUCAAGACUCAAUUCUCAUGGCAAUACUACUACUACACCUUGACUGACGAAGGUGUCGAAUUCUUGAGAUCUGAAUUGAACAUCCCAGAAGGUAUUUUGCCUUUGACCAGAUUGAAGGGUGCUCCAGCUGAAAGACCAAGACAAGCCAGACCAGGUCAAAGAAGACCUGCUGAUGGUUUCAGAAGAAGAGCCAGAGAUUAA